GCGCGCGGGGCUGGGCGCGCGCUGAUAUAAACUCUGGCAGACUUCCUCGUCGUGCACUUUCUGCAGCAGCAGCUCGGUUUGGCUCUAGACUCCGGCAGAACACGCGCGCAGACAUGAGCUGGGACGGCUACAUCCAGAAUCUGAUCAAGAGUGAGUGGCUGGAUGACGCGGUGAUAGUCGGAUACACGUCCGGUCAGGAGUCCGUGUGGGCUUCGGCGCCCGGAGGCUGGCUGAGCGGAAUCACGCCGGCGGAGGUCAGAGCCUUAGUAGCGAGUGAGCGCGGUGGUCUGUUUGCGAAUGGAGUGACUCUGGCUGGUAAGAAGUGCACGGUGCUGAGAGACGCUCUGAACGUAGACGGCCAGAACACCAUGGACAUCAAAAUGAAAACAUCAGAUAAAGACCCCGACCCGUUCCCCUUCACCAUCGGCAAGUCCCACAAAGCUCUGAUCAUCGCUAAAGGAGUGAAGGACGCUCAUGGUGGAAAGGUCAACCCUCCGGUGUUCGACAUGACCGCAUACCUCAGAAAGAUGAACCUCUAAAGACACACACACACACACACACACACACACACUCACACACACACACACACACGCACACACACACUCACACACACACACAC